AUAUACAUGUCUCUGAAGUACGAUACACUUUUGAGCUCUAUUCAUUUCUUACUUUGUCUGUAGCAGGUGCUAAGUUUAGACGUAUUUGCUCCACGCUUCGUUGCUUGUUCGUGAAUUAUUGGCCAAAAACAAUACAGAAAUGGCUUCGUGUGAGAAUUUGAGAAGUGUUUCGACGAUUGGAAGAAGCGCUGGCAUAGAUAGAUAUAUAAGAUAUUGAGGAAAGCACCCACACCAGUGGUCUAUUGUGCCCUCCCCAAGUCUACAGCGACUCCAUUAGACCCAGUACCCUGAAAAAUUCCAGGAUGGUACUAGGACUAAGGGAGACGAUACGCUCCUCUGUUGGAAUGGUAUAUCCUAAAAUUUUGCUCCUGCUUCUGUGAAGCGCUAUACAAUCCAAUAGAAUGUGUAGGGGAGUUUCGUCCUCCAUGUCACAGAAGCGACAUGUCCGCGACGAGACCAAGUCCAGAUUAUUAAGGUGGUUCCUGAGCUUGCAGUGGCCCGUGUAUAUACCCACCAAUACCCUCAGUUUGCUCCUUGAGAGGUUUAUUAGGCACUUAAAUCUUUUGGCGUUAUAACCUCCCAAUAGGCCUUUUGAAGGCAACAACAUUAAUGUAGACGAAUGAAGAUAUGAAAUACUACAAAACCAGGUUGAACUGGUCCAAAGUUCUACAACUGGACUGGUCCUGUACUCCAAUGUUCUGUUGCUAAGCAUACAUACAACCGGACGCCCCCCAUGUAAGAGAGCACUUCAAGAGCUAACGGUUGCGGCGAAACUCAACUCACCACGGCAAUGUUAUGCGAGUGCGUUGAAAGCGACUGAUAGCAGCCGCUUGCAGGACAAAUGAGCAACGGUUGUUCUAUCUAGGCAACUGUUAAAUGGUAAAAACUACAACGACAACGUGAAAUCAGUUGCAGUGCGUAGGCGGUUGUCGUAGACGUCGUAGCCCAAACACGUGCACGGCUCGUUCGCGUCCCAAAGCAGCAUCCAUAGCUGUAGCUUUGCUUUUGUCAAAACUGUUUUAUUGAAUUUUUUUGCUGUUGGUGCAAUACUACUCACACACUAGUAUUACUACGAAUACUACUACUUACUACCGUUACUACAAUACAAGUCAAACGUAAAAAGAACAGUUGUAAUUAUUGUGGAAGCACAGCUGCAAGCUGCCAGUGUACAUAGUGUCGAGUCACAGAGGAAUUUCGCUAAUUCUAAUUGAAGUUAACAACUUCAGAAUUUCUCUAUUAUAAGAAGGCUUCGAAAGGGUGUGAACACACACACACACACAGCUGCGCGUGUGCGUGUGUAUGUGAGCGAGUAGAGUUAAAUCAUGGCAGCAGCUUUGGAAAGUUUUGAAAUAAUACCAGGGCUCAAGAAAUUGGCGGCAAUGGCUGUUGAACGGCAACUGGAACGAAAUAAAGGAGCAUAACUUGAAGGGAUCUCUUUUCAAGCGAGCAUUUCGAAAAUUGGUUGUAAUUAGUUUGCGAUCGAAAUCACCGCACUUUGAAAACUAAUUGAUGUGCGAGACUGAAUAUUGAAUAGUGAAACGACGGUGAAUAUCACACGGAAUUUGCAAGUGAAAUGAAUUUGUUGGAAAUUUCGACAAUAAUUUUGAAUUUGAACAUUUGCAACAAAUGAACAAAAGUCAAUUUAAACACAAAAAAACAAAAUAAAAAAAAAAAUAAUUUAAGUAAAAUGUAAAAAAAAAGAAAAAGUAGCUGAGUUGCAACGGUGACAAUAAUUUAUGAUAAGAAUUUCAAAUAUUUGUAAGCUAUUUAUAAAUGCAAAAAUUUAUAUACAUAUGUAUUUGCGGAUAACUGAGAAACUAUAACGGAGAAAUUAUAAGUUUGUAUUAAGGGCGCAAAUUCCCAGAAAUUCCGAUUGCAAAUUAAGUAAACGCUUCGCCUGAAAUUAAAAGUGUACUUUAAGCGAUGGUAAAGGGGUUACAAGGGCGCAGGAGAGUGUCUGCGUGCGUACGAUUUCAUGAAAAGUAACCACAAUCUUUUGAGCUAAAAAUACCACUUUGUGUAUGCGGGAGCAAACAAGCAGCCAAAAUCAACAAACCUGGCAAAUAGAACCAUAAUAUAUUUGUAAAACAGUGAAGCACAAAUUACCAAAAGGGAUAAUUUCAAAUAAAUGCAAAAAAAACAAUAAUUAACGAUUUUCAAGCAUAAAUAAUGUUGGUACUAUGCCCCAGCAUUGCUUCCACAGGUGUAAUUGGUUCCCAAAACCCAAUUUGAAAUUUUGAAAAAAUAAAUAAACAUAAAAUUGUGAAAUUGACAAAGAAAUAAUUUUGAAGCGAUAAUUUUGGUCGCAUUUGUAGGCGAACAAGUACUAUUUGUCCUCGAUAUAUUUAUGUGUUUACGAACGAAAACGUCCGGCAGGAUAACACGCUCCGACGCGCACACACAAUCACACAAAUAGAAAGAAAGAAGUCCAUGCAAAUACAGGUCUAAAUAGCCUGCUGAAAUUCCAUACCAGCAAUCAGCGCCAACGCCAACGCAACACACAGCCAAACUGACAAGUGAAGUGGGGUGUCCCAGCACGGGCCUUAAGUCCCAUUGCACGCGCUGUGCCGGCAUAAAUACUUAAACCUCACUGACACGCACGCACACGCAGCGACUCGCUUUGUGGCAGCAGCAGCAGCCGCGGCAGCAGCGCUGAAGUUGUGUAAAGCGAAUACCUUCACACAGUGUGAACCUGUCGCGCCAGGCGCCAGGCGAUAGUGUGCGCAGCAAGCCACACAACCACUGGCAGCAACAGCAACAGCAACAACAACAACAACUGACAACAGACAAUUGACAACCGCCAACAACGACCCUCAGUCGCUGCAGCUCCAGCAGUUCGAGCGCCGCUAAUAGCAUUAGAGGAGCCGAAGAUAAGAACGAAGGAAAAGCGAACAGUGCAGCUGAAGAGCGCGCGCAGGGGCAGCAGCAGCAACAACAGCAGGAGUCGCACGAACGGUGCCGAAAUAAAAUACGAACAAACACUCUAAACAUUAUUGAUGACGAUUUGCAAGAACAUGAGCGCCACACUGUCAAUUAAUCAGAAGCAUUUGAGCGUCAAUGAGGAUCAUUUUGGAGGUGUCGUAGAGCGAAAUCGUUCGCGAUCGGAACGUGCCUCCAGCUUGGCGCUGCCGCACAACUCCCUCCUGGACUUUUACGAUAAAGAGCAGGAACAAUGCAGUUCGGUGGCAUUGUUGCCCACGACCGUCAAUGUAGUGGUGCGUCGGCAUUCGUCACACUAUUAUCCAAUGUUGGAGGAGAAGCAGCAGCAGCCACCGCAGUCACAGCAACAACAGCAACUGCAACAACAAUCAUUAAAAACACAUACACAAAUGCAAAUGCAGACGACAAGACAAUUAAACGCGUUGGCCACAACUGGUGGCGCGCCUCCAACGUUGACCGUUGCCAUUCCCGAGUUGCCGCAAUACAAUUAUAAUCACAAUAAAACCGGUCAAUUGGCGAUGCAGGACAUGCAAUCGAUGUCGUCGUUGCCGCUUUCAAGCCUCGUGAAUGGCAAAGAGAAAAAAGUUUUCACAUACAAUACGGUGACCAACAGUGCCACCAAAAACCAACCUAUGAACUUCCCCAACACAGCAGCCAAUACAAGCAUUGUACCAGAUACACCACCGCCACCCGUCCCGAAGCGCACAUUUCGUGGCAAUUACGCUUGGAACGCAGCAAUUGAUUCGCCUACGCCCACGUCCGCAAGUCAAACACCAACCAAAGAUAAACAACACAUCAGUGCUGGCACCGCUUUUGUUUAUCCACCGCAAACACAAACCCUUUCACCCGGACAUCGGCUACAUCAGCAUCAGCAACAGAAUAACACGGUCUAUUACAACGCGGGCGGUGGUGGCGGAAACGUAGGCGUGGACCCGACUCAAAUACAAAGUCAAUUGCAAUCACAAACACAAUCCUUGCUUGUUGACCUGGCCACACGUCCACUAUACGUGGAUGCCGGCCUUGAUUCCGGCGGUAUUUCGGAUGAUGAUCGGAUGAGCUUGGAAAAUUCUGUGUUUGAUGAGUCGUUGACAUCCACACCUGUCAAGGUCAGCGCAAAGGCUGCCUCCGAAGGUACGGGAGCCGGAAAACUAUUGAAUGCUGCAUUCACUGCAAAGACACUGGUAGCUUUUACUGGGGAUUUGAGUAACGCCGUUAAACGUGCCAAUCGCUCGUCCAGCAGUACGGCUGACUCUACCAUUACAAUCUCAUCCGGCUACGGCUCAGGUCAUAGCGAACGUUUCGCUUCCUCCUCGACGAGUGCGGACUUCCGCAGCCGUUUCUCGUCUGUUGAUACCCAAUCAUCUAUGGACAGUUGUCCAACAGAGAAAACCAGUGAAUCCUCUGUAUCCAAAGAUUCUCUGAAAAUGGAACGAGCAUUACUAAAUGAUGCUAUAAACGAAUACAAUAGCUUAAAUAAUAAUGAAACUCGCACUCAUGUGGGUUGUAAUAUUUUGGUUGGAAACAACAAUGCGCCUCCUAGUCGUCACUCCCCCAAUGCAAAUACCCAAAUGAACAACGGAUUGGUGCAGCAAAAACCACCUGUGGUCCCAACACGAAAACAGUACACAGAUGUAGCAAAGAUUCCGCCACCCUGUAGUAAAAAUAGUUCACAGCAGUCGUUACAAAGCAGCGGUUGUGGCAGCGGCAGUGGUAGUGUGGGUAGUAGUAAUGCUGUAUCCACAGUAUCGGCCUCCACGUCCACCUCCUCCACAGUGUCGGCCGGUUCGGGUACAUCUACAGGUUCGUUGCUGUCUGGUUCGGCCACUACAUCGAAUAAUGCCAUUUCACCGCUUACACAAAACCCAGCCAAUGUUUAUCAACAGCCAAAACGUCCAGUACCGCCGAUACCGCCAACGCGCGGUCAAAUUAGUUUCGAUCAUAAUAUCAACAAUGGUACGCAAAUUGAAGCAUCAUCAUCCGCAUCGAAGCCACCACCAGCACUAAGCGUUCGAAACAAGCUUGGUAAAAAUAGACCUCCACCGAUCAUUUACCCAAAGCUACAUCAACGGCAGGAUUCUAAUUUGUCCAGUGACAGUUUUUCCGUCACUUCCAGUCCUGGUUAUAACUCGAAGAAUCUUAUGGAUGUACCACUGCUGCAGAAUGCUGCACGUAUCAAUAAGAGCGGUGUGGGUGUGAGUAUCCGACAUCAAGACUCAGCGGAUGGAUUUAAUUUAAGUGGAUCAAGAUUUGCUGCGCUAACAUCCAACGGAAUGGGAAAUCCUGUGCAACCACCUCCACGUAACAAAUACAGCUGCCGUCAGGAUUCCAAUAUUUCCAGUGAUAGUUUCAGUCAAACUUCCAGCCCAAGUUAUAAUACAAAACAAAUGGAAGCUCCCCUACUACCCUCGCUCUCUGUAAAAAGGUUGUGUGGCGUUCCAGCGCCAAUUGUUUAUAAACAAAAACUGCAAAAUGAAACCAUCGAAGAGAUGGAACAAUCGGUUCCUAUGUCACCACUUACCAAAUGCGUGUCCACUCCAGCUAGUCUACAAACAAUUGUACGAUUCCAAAAUGGGGCGCCCAACACGAUGUCACUUCAGCAUCAGCAGAUUAUACAUCGUCGUAAAAGCUCCAAUCCUUAUAUCACCAAUGGUCGACUGAAGUUUCGCCUCUUUCAAAUAUUGAUAAACGCAUUCGCUUUAUUGGCGAUUGCUGGCGGCUUGGCGGCAUACUUCAAUGCCUAUCCAACCAUAAAAUUCGUCAACAAAACUAUAAUAAACACCGUCCAUGUGGAGGAUACUUCAAGUUACGGAAAGAAUCCAGCACCCGGUACUUGUUUGCCUAUCAUAGUUAAGUUUUGUCAAGGGCCACAAAUUCCCUACAACUACACCGUGUUCCCCAAUUACAUUGGGCAUUUCGGGCAAUUGGAAACUCAAGUGGAUCUAGAUGCCUACGACGCGCUGGUAGAUGUGCGCUGUUACGAACUAGUCUCAUUAUUCCUCUGCACCCUAUUUGUACCGAAGUGCGGUUCGACCGGAGCCACAGUGCCACCUUGUAAAACUUUAUGCACCGAAACUAUGCGUCGUUGUGGUUUCUUCUUUGAUGUGUUCGGCCUCAGUUUACCUGAAUAUUUGAAUUGUAAGCUCUUUAAAGAUUUCGAAAACCCCGAAGAUUGUGUUGGACUCGACCAAGUGCGUGAGGUAAUGAUAGCAUCGACGAACCCCAAAUGCGACGGCUUCCAGUGUGAUCAAAAUCGUUGUUUGCCCAAAGAUUACGUGUGCGACGGUCAUUUGGAUUGUAAUGAUCAAUCGGAUGAGGCCAAAUGUGAACGCUGCCAAAAGGAUGAGAUCUACUGUGGCGAUGAUCGUUGCAUAGGUAUAACUCACGUGUGUGAUGGCGUUAUCGACUGUCCCUAUGGACAAGACGAGCGAAAUUGCAUUCGUUUAAGCGAUCGUAAUGGCGAUUUAGGUAAGGGCAUGUUGGAAUUCUAUCGUAUAAGCACACAAAUGUGGACGCCAGCGUGUGUUAAGAACUGGGAUCGUGCAGUAUCUCCUUCAGCCGUAUGCUCUAUGUUGGGCUACAGUGCCGUUAACGCCACGAGUGUGGUAACACUCAAAACACACCGAUCCCUUAUGGCAUCCAUAAAUGUAUCGACCGAUAUUUGGAACAUGUAUGCGAAGAAGCAUUCGAAUUUGAUGCAGGAAUUCUCCAGUUGCUCGCCCGAUGAGGAUUACCCGGUUGCUGAGUUAACCUGUGCAAAUUAUGAGUGCGGUAAAGUAAAACGCGGACGGCACAAACCAUCUCGCCGCAUCAUUGGUGGUUCGCAGGCUAAUCCAGGCACUUGGCCAUUUUUAGCUGCCAUAUUAGGAGGACCAGAGAAAAUUUUCUACUGCGCAGGAGUACUAAUUUCCGAUCAGUGGGUGCUCACCGCAUCACAUUGUAUAGGAAACCACACUGUCAUUGACCUGGAGGAUUGGACCAUACAACUGGGUGUAACGCGUCGAAACUCCUAUACAUACACGGGACAAAAGGUGAAAGUCAAAACAGUGAUACCACAUCCGCAUUACAAUACCGUUAUCACGCAUGACAAUGACAUAGCACUGUUCCAACUGGCUACUAGGGUUGCCUUCCACGAGCAUUUAUUGCCGGUUUGUCUGCCGCCACCCGGAAUCAAACUGAAGCCAGAUCAGAUGUGCACGGUGAUCGGUUGGGGAAAGCGCGACAAUAAAGACCCAAAAUCCACAUACGAGCCAAUUGUCAAUGAAGUCCAAGUCCCGAUUAUUGGGCGUCAGCAAUGCGAUCUUUGGCUUGAUAAUCUGACAGUGUCCGACGGUAUGAUUUGCGCCGGUUAUGAGGAAGGAGGAAAGGAUGCCUGUCAGGGUGAUUCCGGCGGUCCUCUUCUCUGUCCCUACCCGGGCGAAAAGGAUCGCUGGUUUGUGGGCGGCAUCGUUUCAUGGGGCAUAAUGUGUGCACAUCCGAAAUUGCCAGGCGUUUAUGCGAAUGUGAUCAAGUAUGUGCCAUGGAUACAGGAACAAAUGGCUAAAUAUUCCAAACCUGAAAAUGAAGAGAAACUCUCCAAAUACGAUGCACAUCCAGGCGGUCCAGACAUUCUAUCGAACAUAGCGACCGGACCCGUGCGCAACAAAAAACCAUAUCACAAUCAGAACCGCAGUCCAAUGGACAUCGAUUACUACGACAAUUAUAAGAAAACAUAAAUUAAACAUUUAGGAAAAAGAAAAAAUCAGCGCAAGAAAGGCAUACCAUAGCGAGUAAGAAGGCGGGUAAAAUUUGCGAAAAUGCAUAUAUUGAAUUUUUAUAGACAAUAAAGCACAUACAUAUACUACAUGUACAUAUGUAUGUAAAUUAGGCAUACAGAAGAAUAUCUACAAAGUGUUAGACAAUACAUAUUUAGCUGCGAUUUGUUUGUAUUUAACAAACAGCAUAUAUAUACAUAUAUAUAUUCAUAUCCUUGUGGCAUAUUGCCAUUUGAAAAAUGGUAUAUGUUUACAUAAAAAACUAAUUUAGACAAAGAGUGUAUGUAUAGCAGCUCUGCUUAUACUACAAAUACUACAAGUUUUUUGUAACACAUUGGUAUUUAUUAGAGGACAAAGCGUUGAGGGGAAUUACAUGUUACCACCAUGCACACACACACAUACACACACAUAUGUAUUAAGCAAGAAGUCAAUUUCCGAAUUUAAAUGUCAAUUGGACACAAAGUUCACAACGCUUCCUUGAAUGGAACCGUUUAGAUAAAAUCCGUUAGAGUCAAAGUAUACCCACCCACAUACAUACAUACAUACACACAUGCAUACAUAUAGACCAUAAGAAAAUGCUUAAAGUAUUAUAUAUAAAUAAACAAUACAAAUGCACAUAUGCACAUGCAUACAUCAUGUGUAUAUAAUUUACAAAUAAUUGCUGUUUUAUACCGAAUUAUAGUUUUAUUAUUAUAUAUUAUAGACAUAUCUUCCAUUUUACAUAUUUUAAAUUACUAGCUGAAGCGGGUACUUUUACUUCUUCAGCAGAAAUUUUCAAUUUCAAGUACAUAAUACAUAUGUAUACAUAAGCACAGAUCUACUUUGGUGCAUACAAUCAAAAAUAGCAUUUCAUAUGUUUGUAUGUAUGUAUGUGCCUGUGCGGCUGCGGCGACUCUCACAGUAAGUGAAACAUAAUAAACAUAAUUCUAAUUGAAAACAUACCCACUCAAAUAUAUACACAUAUACAUACCUAUAUAUAUUUGAAAUAUUUAUACAAACAUACACACAUAUACUACAUAUAUGUACAAAUGUAUGUAAAACAUGAAAUUGUUACACGUCUAUUAACUAGAAGCGUUACACAGUAGCCACAUCUGCAUAAAUACCUACACAUAUGCAUAUGUACAUACAGACAAUGAGUAUGGUAUGAUAAGAAAAUAUUUUUUAUAAGCAAAUGGAAGUAGUACAUAUAUACAUAGUUAAUUUUUUAUAUGUGUAUACGUAUAAACGCUGUGCAAAACAAGAAGCUAUUAUCCUUGCUAAAAAAUACCAAAUAAAUAAAUUAAAAACAAAACCAAAAAAAAACAAGAUAAUAAAAAUAAAAUAUAAAUUAGUUUUAGUAUAAGACGCAGAAAGUGCAUAAAUAUAUACAUAUAUAUACAUAUAUACUUAUACAUAGUAGAAACGUACAUAUGUAGUCAAUGACUGUGUAAUAUUGUUGUGCGAGCAAAUGUUCAAAAAUAAUUAACUUCAAUUAUGGAAGUAAGCUAUAAAGUACUAUAAAAUGUAGAAAACUUACAUAACCACAUGCAUUCAUACUCUACGCACAUAAUCCAUGUAUGUACACAUAACUAUAUCAAACAUAUAUGCAUACAUGCAUGCAUAUGUUAGCUUAUAGAACAUAAAAAACGCGUUGUGUUAAGUGAAGGAAUAUUUAUACGCCUAUUAGAUGUGUUAACUAUGGAUGUUGAUCAGAAAUUGAGACAAUAAAUAAAGUUCAAAACCCGAGCGGGUGAAAUGGAAUGCAACAAAUAAAGACAAUGUACUGAAGACAAUAAAUCAAUUCGUAAAAGUAAUUCGUUGUAAUAUUGUAGUUGUAAUAUUUAAUACACUGGCAUACACAUAAUCUGCAUCAAAAACAAUUGACAAUUAAAUGAUUUUCAAAUUUAAAAUUUUAUUUUUGCCGACAAAUAAAUUUUUAAGUUAAUAACUACUUAAAGCAGGAAGAACGCGAUUUUAGAUGAUUUGUGCUCAUCAACAAUUUAUUUUUUAUUUUUUUUUUAAUACGUAACGCUUUUUAUUUUUAAUUUAGUACAAAACUUUCAACCAUUUCUUUUCUAAUAUUUUUUUCAUAAAAUAUUAUUUUCAUUUAAAUGGCAGUGAAUCAAACAUAAAAUAAAUACAUAUAACACAAAUACAUAUUAGUGCGCGAUGAGUUGUGCUACGCUUUUAUUUAGUGAAUUAAAUAAUUGAUUAAAUAUGAUGAAAAACUAAAUGAAAUAUAUGCAUGGGUUUCAGCUUUAACAAUAUGAAAUUAAUAAAAUAUAUACAUGCUGUCUAUAUAUACAUACAUAUACACGAUAUAUAUAAAUACUAAUUUAGCCAUACAUACAUGCAUAUGUAUGUAUGUACUAUUUACAAUUAGGUGUUAAUGUAAUUACACAAAAAAGAAAUACAUAUUGUCAUGUGGCGUUGCAACGCAACCACAGUCUAAUAAUCAAAGCUGACUUCAACUUCACUCAACUACAUUUUUACGCACAAAUGCCGUUAUACAUACAAUGUACAUUCAUAUUUUAUAUAGAGCAGGAAAUCUUACUAAUAUCCUAUAUGUGUACGAGCAAACAUACAUACAUACUAUAUACAUCAGCUAAAAAAGAAAAGUUUGUUUUUUACAAUAGCAGAAAUUUUCCGCCAGACUUCCGCCUACAGAUGCCCAUACACACUAGCAUUUAGUCUAAUGUUUUACAGAAGCAUACAUACAUAUAAAAGUAGGAAUGUUUCUACGAAAUAUCAUGCGUUUGUGUGAUGUUAGGAUUCUUAUAUUAUCCAAUUGGAUUUGGAACACAAAUACAUGAUCAUAUCUUAACGCUUUACUACCAAUAACUCUGUGAAUUGAAAAGUAAAACUCAAGAAAGAUUGUAUACAACUUCUUUAAAAUAAAAUUUUUGUUUCAUAAAAAUCUGUUCGGUUGAAAUUUAGUUUAAAACCUUAACAGUCAAUGUAUGUAUGUAUGUUUACAAAUACAAUUGACUAAUGUAUGUACACAUGUAUGAAGGAAGGUGCACACAUACGCACAUUCACACGUCUUUAUGAUUUGAAACAAAGUGUUGUAUACUUGAAUUUAUAUAUACACAGAUACAUAUAUAUGUACAUGCAUACAUGUUAUAUAUAAAUUAAUUAUACAAACAUAUAUAGUAUACAUAUAUUAUAGCCAUUCAGUUAUACAUAAGUACAUAUGUAUAUGCAAACGGAAGGCCGAAAGCAUAUAAAAACUACACAGAAUACUUUUUACUCAUGUAAAAUGUGUGAGACAAAUAUAUAAUACAUACAUAUAUAUAAUACGAUUUAUGACAAAUAACAAUAAUACAAUAAUAAAAGAAAAAGUGUUUAUUUGUGAUUAAAUUCUAUGCUGAAUAUAUACACAUGUAUGCAAGUGGAAGUAUAUAAUAAAACCCAAAAGCAUACCACUACAUAAUAAAAGUAGAAGCCAGACACAUAUUUACCUACCUAUAUGGACCUAUAUGGACGGUAUAUAUACUGUUUGCUAUCUUACAACUAAUACUCCAAUUAGCGCAUGUGCUAUGUAUGAAUAUUUAUACCCUUAACGAAGAAGAAUAAUAACUAAAGUAUAUCAAAUGUACAUGUUUGUAUGUUAGAAAUUGUAGACAAUACUCUUUGAACGUGUUUGCGGAGCAGUAAAUGCGUACAGCAAAUGCUUUCCAUGCAUGUUUUGAGAUUAGGAGAAAAUUAAAUAAUAUAUACAAAAACAAAAAACCAAAUAAAAAUAUGACAAUAAAACAUGUUAUGUACAAUCAUCCAUUAUAAACAAAUACAUAUAUACAAAAAGUGCAUGUACUGUUAGAGUUAUAGACAUAUGUGCAUGAAUAUAUGGUAAUAAAUAAAUAAAUAUAUAUAUGAAUAUAAAAUAUUGUAUUAGACUAAAAGAAAUCUGAAGAAAAAACACAAGUAGUGAAUGCAAAAAGAAACCAACUUAAUGUGAUCAUUCUGAUAAUGUCAAAAACUGCUUUACUUUUAUACUUUGCAUACAUACGAUGAUAUAAUAAUGAUGUUGAAAACAAAGGUGAAACUAUAAAUAUUAUAGUAUUAUAUUAUAUAUGUAGUUAAGAGAACAAUAACAGAAAAUGUGAAGAACAUGCAUACAUAUACAUACAAUACACUUGAGAAUGCAAGUUGCUAUGUUGCAACAAACCUAACCUAAUACAUGCAUUCAAAUGUACUUACACACAGCAAUUUGGCUUAACUAUUUUUUAAAAACACCUGCAUGAACAUUCCAUUUCCUUUCUUUCAAUCACACAUACAAACUGCAUGUUAAAAACGCACAUACAUAUGCAGAAUCUGCGUGCACCAAUUUUGUAUGCAAUAUUAGUAACACAUGAAUUAAUUUACAUCCCCCAUUCAUACAUUAAUUGACCACAAAUUCUAUUUUUUAUGUAUAUCAGGAGUAUCCAUAUAUUAAUUAUAUCAUUAUUUUUGCUUAUAAACAAAAACUAUACAAUAUAUACAAAUUUUUAAUUUAUAAAGGUGAAGACAAAAAACUCGUAAUACAGAGAAGAAAGCUAUCGCACUUGUUAAAAUUGCACAAAUACCAUAGAAGGGAAGUAGAAAGAUUUCAAAAUUAACUUAAAUACGGCAAGUCCAAAAUUAAGCAGAAUAUAUAAUAUAAAAAAUAGAAUGUCUAUGUUCCAUAGUAAAGUAUAUUAGUUAUGUUUAAUUCUUAAUAUCCUUGACCUAAAAUGUCAGAGCAAAAAUAUCACAGAUGGUUUAAAUUUCAUCAUCAUUAUUCACCAUUAUUUCCGU